AUUAACAGGGUAGAGAAACAUCACGGCUUUCCCUCCUCCGCCACCAACCUUCCCCUUCUGCGACAAAAUUAUGGCUCCAAACCCUAAUUAAAUCCCCCUGAAUUUAAUUUACCCCCAAAAUCCGGCGAAGAAUUCACACACCACACACAUCCCGCAUUCUAAAUUGCAAAUAUUUAGGGAGAGAGAGAGAGGGGUUGGAAUUGGAUUGUUGAAUUGGGUGGUGGUGGGGUUUGGAGAUGGUGAUGUUAUUGGAGGACAUCGUUGAAUCGGUGGAGCUAUGGUUGAAACUCAUCAGGAAGAAGCCACAGCCCUACGUGGACCCGGACCUCGACCCUGUCCUCUUGGUGCCCGGUAUCGCCGGUUCCAUUCUCAAAGCAGUCGACAACAAGGGAAGAGAAGACCGCGUAUGGGUUCGAAUUCUCAGCGCCGAUUACAAGUGCCGGACCAAGCUCUGGUCCCUCUUUGAUCCUUCUAUUGGUAAAACGGUGUCUUUGGAUCCAAAGUCAAACAUUUCGGUACCUGAAGGCAGAGAUGGGCUGUAUGCAAUUGAUAUCUUGGAUCCCGACUUGGUAUUUGUUGUCUCCUAUAUCUGUUUCAGUCAUGUUGGGUGCUUUUACUUAAGAAGUGCGCCGGGAUAUGUUACCUCUACCUUUGUUAAUGGUAUGUCAUUUGUGGAAGGAUGGGAGCAAAACUUCUUCAUAUCAAAAUGGAGUAUGCAUCAACUGCUGCUAGAGUGCCCGUCAUUUUAUGAAUUGAUGGCUUGUCCUCAUUUCUGUUGGGAAAACAGUCCCCUUCUUCAAAUUUGGAAACAAAACUGUGAUAGUGAUGGAAACUCAAAUAUUUUGCUGGAGUCUUAUUCCCCGGAAGAAAGUAUCUCAAUUUUCACGGAAGCUCUUUCAACUAACAUGGUGAAGUAUGAUGGGGUGGAUAUCUCUUUACCAUUCAACUUAGGGAUCUUGAAAUGGGCUAAUGAGACACGAAAGGUCUAUUCCUCUGCCAAGCUUCCACCUCAAGUCAAAUUCUACAAUGUAUAUGGGACAAAUCUUGAGACACCUCAUAGCGUGUGUUAUGGAAGUGAGGGGGCACCUGUCACAGAUUUACAACAAUUACCAUCUUUAAUGGCUAACUACGUAUGCGUCGAUGGUGAUGGGACAGGACAGUUUCUGUAGAAUCUGCAAAGGUUCUAUCAUAUGGGGAAUUGAAGGGUCUGCCUUCUCUGGUAUCAAGCUGCAAAAUUUUGACACUGAAUUCUCAUGUCCUGAAAUGGGACAUCCCUGGCAUAGUAAGCCUGCUGCAAGGUUCACCUUAUCUUGAGAAAUUAGUUGUAAACAUGAGUUCGGAUUACCACCACGCGCAGAAAUUUCUGGAUUCCUGCAACUUUGAUGGAGAAGACCCCUGGACCUCACGCAAGAGGAUUUUGUUGCCGUUGCUACAUCUGAAGACUAUUGUGAUUGUGGGUUUCAAGGAUUAUCAUGCAGGAUUUCGGCUUCAGCUCGUGCAGUUUUUGCUGCUUGCUGCAGAAUGCAGCGACUCUGGAGAAGAUGGUCAUCAAAAUAGGAAAGUCAGGGCGUUCUGACAAAUGCUCAGCGUGUUCUUUGUCACAGGAAUUUGUCAGGUUGACACAGAAAUUAUUGAGCUUUCUGAGGGCUUCGCCCCGUGCUGUGAUUCUGUUCUCUUAGUUAUGUUAAGAUUGCAUAAUUAUGUUCAGAGGCUGUGGCGGUAGAAAUGUUACUGUAUUUAUGUUUUCUUGCUGCAGUUGUGUUAUUUCUGCAGCUUUGCAACAGUUCUUAGCGACAACAUUUUGUCUAUGCAGAUGGGGUUGAACUUCUUUGAUUAGUAUGUGUUGUAAAAAUGACCUUUUUUUACCCA